GAUCACCAAUACUUGCCGAUGACUAUCUAUCUGGGGAUGUUGUAAAACAGUUAUCUAAUACGAUUUCAAAUCAAAAGAUGAGGAAAAACAGCAAAAAUGUCAUUGAUCCAGCAAAAGUAUGCAGAACGAAUAACUUCGAAUAAUUUGUUUUUGAAUGCAUUGAUAGAUUGAGACUGAUAACGAUAAUGUUAACCUGAUUCAUAGUGAAAAUCAAUGCACUAUUCUCAUAUGUACAGUCGAUGAUGGUGCAGCUGUGGGACAGUUAAUUUACAAUGACUUUGGCACAAAAAAUCUCCAUGUUGGAUUCGAAAAUCUGUCAAAAUCCAAUUCAAAAUGUAGUGUACGACAAUGUACUCUAUUUGUACCGAUUCUUACACCUCAACUUGAACAAACACCGGUAUGUCGAGCGGCAUUUGAAGAAGCUCGUCGACUUCAAAAGCCUAUUGUACCUGCCAUAGCAAUUAAAAGUUGGCGACCUGAAGAUUGGCUUGGUUUAACAAUUGCUGGACGCACAUUUUUUCGCAUAUUUGACAAGGAAAGUGCAUAUAAACCAUUCUUUGAUAGUAAUCGAAUCACUGAUUUACGUGUUGAAGUUGAAGUAGCAUGUAGGCCAACUCCUAUUCAAGCUGAACGCGAAGAAGCAGAGAUAAAAAUGUUGAAAGAGAAAAUUGAACAAUGUGAAAUUAAAUUACGAACAUGGCCACCUCCUCGUAAACCACGUAGCUUGGAUCUACUGAGUGAUCGACAGCCUGUUCGUGUCACAUUGGAUGAACCAAACGCUAAGCAUCGUUUUCUUCAUAUUCAUCAUUCAAUCAAACGUAUAGAUAUGGUAGGACCCCCACAAAUACUUGACGAAUGCGGAUUACCAAAACGAAGAGAUAUCGAUUCUUAUAUUAAAUCAACGAAUUGCCAAAUGGAAUUUCGAUAUGCUGUAAAACGUGGUAAAGCAUUUGUUAUCAUUCGAACAGAACCAAACAUUCAAAUGGAACAAUGGAUGCUAGAUGCGAUUCAAGGAUUUCCUCAAUAUAACAUUUUCUCCUAUGAGGCUUUGGAGGCAUUAGUCAAUGGAAUACCAAUGAUUGAUGUGAUAAUGCAAGCUAUACGAAAAAUUGCUCAUGCACAACCACCCGAUGUUAUUGAUGAUUGUUCAGCUAAAUUAUUUGAACUGCGUUGUCUGCUGGAUGAUGCACGAGAUGCUAUCAGUGCCGAAAGUGGACAAAGUCGCUAUAAAAAGUGUACUCGUUGUGGUCAACAAUAUGAUGAAUACGCAAAGAGCGGUUGUAAAUAUCAUGUCGACUACUAUAUAAGUAGUAAUAUAGUAGAAAAUCGUUGGGUCUGCUGCAGACAACAAGCGAAAGACUCACCAGGUUGUCGACCUUGUGAUCAUACGGAUGUGGUGCGUGUUUUUACUCAAGAUCGAAGAUAUGGUACAUGGACAUGGGUACCACCUUAG